AUGGAGAACAACACUUUCAAUAUGGACAUUUUACAGCUGGAGGGGUUAAAGGUCAGCCCUAAGUCCUCCAUUCCUGCCUUCAUCCUCCUCCUCCUCAUCUACAUCUUCAUCAUGGUGUCCAACAUCGGCCUGGUGGUCCUGAUCUUCAUGGAGCAGAGCCUCCACCAGCCCAUGUACCUGCUCUUCUGCAACAUGAGCAUUAAUGAUGCGUUUGGAGCAACAGUCAUCAUCCCUCGCUUGUUGAGUGACAUUUUUAUCCCAGGCACAGAGCGCUACAUUCAUUACAUCGACUGUGUCAUCCAGGCGUUCUGCGCUCACUUUCACGGAGGCACCUCUCACACGGUGCUCAUGAUCAUGGCCUUCGAUCGCUACGUGGCCGUCUGCAACCCCCUGAGAUACACCAUCAUCAUGACCAACAGGAUGGUGGUGGCGCUGUCGGUGUCGGCCUGGGCGGUAGUUUUCUUUUUGAUUUUAAUCCUUGUGAGCCUCAGCAUUCGCCUGUCACGCUGCAGGCAGGUUGUACUCAACCCAUUUUGCGACAACGCCUCCUUGUUUAAGCUGUCCUGUGAAAACAUAAUCAUCAACCACAUCUACGGGCUCAGCAUCGCCAUGGUCAUGAUGUUUGCAUCUAUGUGCAGCGUCACGCUCACCUACCUGAGGAUCGCCAUAGUGUGUUUGAGUAGUAAGAACAAGGUGCUGAACAGCAAAGCACUGCAGACCUGCGCCACCCACCUGGCAGUAUACAUCAUCAUGUUUGUGUCGGGUGCCAUCAUCAUCAUCCUCCAUCGUUUCUCUCACUUAUCAGACCACAGGAAGCUGGCGUCCAUCAUGUUCCACGUGGUUCCUCCUUCCAUGAAUGCUGUUAUCUACGGACUGCAAAUCAAAGCAGUCAGACAAAAACUUAUGAUCAUAUUUAACAGGAAAAAAUAA